GAAAAAGAUGGUGCACCUGCCUGCAGCUUCUACGCAGCUGCAAGUUGCAAGCGCAGGUCACAUGCAAAGAGGCCACAGUUUCGGAGUCAGAGGGGCAGAUCGCCUGGAUCGCCUCCAAAUCGCAUUCUUUCCUAGGUGAAGCUGAAGUGUCGCAAUCACAAUUGCUUCAGCAUUGCGUGCGGCAGCAGCACGAUGGCAGCAUUGCGUGUGUAGUCCUCUUUUUUCUGAUUUUUAGCUGGUGUCGCGUCUUUGCUUGCACGAGGUUGCAAAAGAGGAUCAGCAAGCGCAGUGGCAGCACAAUUGCUGUCAUCAUUCAUCGGCAGAUGUUCGUCGAGCUAGUAUGACCUUUCCUUUGAUGCAAGUUCCAGUUGAAACCAGGACAGAUUGGGGGAUUACCCAGAAAACGCUGCCUCUUUGAGCCCUUGCUUGGCUAUCAAUUGCAGAGUUCAGCUGCUUGAACGCCCCUUUGAGCGAUCCGCGCUUGAAAAUGUAUCCCUGCCGUUCAGACUGGACAGGAGAGAGUCCAGGUCCUGAACUGGUAGCAAGUACAAACAGCCAGACAAGGCACACCUUCUGAGCUGAGGAGGUAGCUAGUUUGAUUGAGCCAUAUACCUCCUCCUCACAUCCGCAGCAAGCAGCAAGCACUGAUUGACUCCCGUAUGACCGACGUUAGGCUCACUUCUCCCCCUGCUAUCCCUCUCUCUGAUUCAGUGGAUUUAAUCAACUCAAAAUCUAACCAUGUUCUCAACCAACCAGGCCCGCGGCUGUAUCUGCCUUCUGAUUGCAGCCGUUGCUUUUUACCACAAGUCUGCGAAUGCUGCAGUCGCUGCCGUCUGGGAUACCUACCGCAGCAUUCCGCUCGUACAGCACGAUUCGUUCGAGCCCCUAGUGGCCGUGACGGCGUUCUUCAUAUGGACGCGUAUGUGGCACGUUCUGGACGUCUACGUGCCGUCGCUUCGGGUGUACAAGUUGCACUUGUCCCACAACAUAAAGGCCUGGAAGCUGGAGGGCUAUCCUCGCUGGGAAGCAGUUUACUACCUAGCCCCCCUCCUGGUGUUCGACUGGAUUUACCCCAGGAGGAAACUCGACCAACCCCCCCCUUCGGUGGAACGGGUCGUUUUCGACGUCAUUGGAGCUCUCCUUAUAUACGACCUCCUGUUCUUCUUCUCACACCUGGCGCUGCAUAAGGUCCCCUUCCUUCGGCGCUUCCACGCGCGGCACCACGUAAUGGGGGGUGACAUGCGGGCCUGCGACGCCACUCGUGCGCACCCCCUGGAAGAGUUGGCGCUCGUCACGUUCGCAAUCACGUCCCUCAACCUUUUAAGGUGCCACUUUCUGUCCCGGUUUAUCUUCAACAUAACCAUCGGUUACAUGUUAACCGAGGUGCAUUCCGGGUACGAUUUCCCCUGGAUGCUACACCGGGUUGUGCCGUUUAAGCUGGUUGGGGGAAGCGUCCGGCACGGCCAGCACCACGCGAAGGGCGACCGGUACUAUCAGCAGUUCUUUACCUACUUGGACGAUACCUACGAGUGGGUUCGUCGAAAGCAGCAGCGGAUCGGAGAGUCGCCUGAUCAAGAAGGUUAGGGAACACAAACUGCUGUAACUGCGAAGAGCCGUCAGAGUCAUUUUUGUGUACCGUGCAUCACCCAGUUCGGAGAGUGGGAUCGUCAAAGCAGCGGCCGGGUUUAAUCCGAGGGGUAAGAAUUGAGAGCCCAAAUUCCGCAGGGUAAAGCUUUAGUGUCAUUCACUGAAGCGAGCGGGGUUUGUGAAGUGUUUAAGGACAAGGACCGGAGUUCGUCGGCGGACGGCUCCGGACGUUCGAUCAAAGCGUCGGACACGCUGAUACACGUGAAGAGAAUACAUUUGAUACAUUGAUUCUUAUAUAGUACGUAGGUUGCCGACAGUGCUACAGCAGCUUCGUAACUUCACGUAUACGAGGUCGACUUAUUCCUGGGUUCUCUAGUUGCAAAGUUUGAGAGGAUUGAGCGUUAAUCGUACGUACAAUAUUGCAGUAUAUACCUCAGGCUUAAUGUGCAUGCACUGCAUAGAAUCAUUUAUAUUUGCUCAAGUCAAUGCU